UGCUACGGUUCGUGUUAUCGAAUGAGCCCGUACUCGGUUUGAUGUAUAGCAAACGCUGGUUUGGUACAUGGUACACUGAAAAUGACUCUCCGUCAAAACACAGCGAUCUCCCAUCAGUUCACCUUCUAGCGUUAGAUUCACGGCUUCUUCAGGGCCCCCGUUCAAUCCACCGUUGUAACGCUCCGUUUUUUCAGUCAAGAUUCACAGAGUGAACCUACGGGCAGCUUGGAUCGUCGACACACUAUGAUCUUCGAGGCGUAUCCUGAGGAGCAAAGGGAUCUACGAUGGGUCACUAUCUCACUCGCCACGCUCUCGUCCCUUCUGUUACUGUUCAGAAUUGUAACCACAAUCAGAAAUAGGGGAUGGCUGGGUUUGGAAGAUGUCUUUGUUAUAGCGUCCAAUCUUUUCCUCAUAUUGUUCGCGGCCUUUGUCUUCAAAGCAACGACUUAUGGAUUUGGAAUGCGAGUGGUUGACAUUAAAAGGACAGGAGGCAAUGUCACAACAGCGAUGAAGUUCUUCUGGUUGACUCAGUCCUUUUACACGCUCACCAACGGUCUAAACAAGAUGGCUUUCCUAGCCUUGUAUUACCGCAUCUUCCCCAUGAAGCGCUUUCGUCAAGCGUGCAUCUUCUUGAUGGCGGUAUCCAUUGGAUGGACUGUAUCGUUUCUGUUCGUUUGCAUCUUUCAGUGUACACCCAUAAAUCGUGUGUACAACAGGAAGAUACCAGGAACAUGUAUUAAUUUUUUCUGGCAUCGAUGGACCAACGCGAUCCUCAACAUCUUAACCGAUUGCUCCAUCUUCAUCCUCCCUAUGCCUGUCAUCUAUCGCCUGAACAUGUCGACCGGCUCGCGCAUAGGCCUCGUUGUGCUCUUCUCCAUGGGCUUCUUCAUCUGCCUGACGACGGCGCUCCGCAUGGCCACGCUCCCCUUAACCCUCAGAACCAAGGAACCGACCUACGAAUCGGCGCCUACGAACCUAUGGAGUUUCAUUGAAGCCGCUGUAGGCGUCAUCUGCGCGUGCCUGAUUAGCCUACGGAAGAGCAUCAGUUCAAUAUGGCCUAAGAAGUGGCGUAGUCACAAGGGAACGUCCGGACAGUACCAUCAGUAUGGGGUCGAGGGAUCGAGUGGACAGGGCUUAGGGGCGUCGCGGCCACGAAACAAGACUGCGAAUGGUAAUACCUAUCCUAUGGGCGAUGUAAAGACUGGAGGGAGGGGUAGGCCUGAUACGUAUGCGUCGAUCAGUCCGAGUGAGAGCCAGGAGCGCAUCAUCGAGGGCGCAAAAACGUCGGCGCAUGUUACGACGACAAGCAGGAGCAGAAGUGGAAGUGCAAGUGGAAGCGAAGAUAUAGCGAUGCAGGGCAUCAAAGUCACAACGGAUGUCAAGGUGGUGAGGGAGUGAAGUGGAGUGUUAGGGCUUCAAAUGAUAGCAAAUCGAGCCGUUGUGUGCUCGUAAGUUGCAUGUAUGAUUAACGGCCACUUAUCCCAUACAUUUUCUAGAAAAUAUCCAAAUCAUG